AUGCCUGACUACGAAAGACCUGCCAAGCCACCCCCAUCUUAUCAACAGGAGCCUCAGUACAACCCAUAUGAGCAGAAGCCGUUCGACAACCAAGGUUUUGCACAGCAGCAGCAUGAACAGGACCCUGAAUUGGGUCAGAACCAAGAGAAAUGGAAUAACAGGCCUCCUAUGCCUACUCCCGGAAAUACCUUCGAAGACACUUUCAAGUUGGAAAACCCUGUUUACCAUGAUAUUCCGUUCACCAUCCUGUUUAUUGCCACUUGCGCUGGUUUUCUGGUAGUUGCCGGUAUCUCUCUCAAGAGCUACCAUUCCCACACUUCCUAUAGCGGAACCAGCAUCUAUGGUACCAACAGUUUGACUCUCAACGGGAACACUCUAAUCUUGCUUGCUUUCGUGAUUGUUAUGGGCUUGGUGCUGGCCCUUUUGGGAAUGGUUUUGGCCUACACCUACCCCAAACAAUUCAUCAUUUUUGCUCUUUUCGUGAAUGUGAUACUGGGAUUGGGAACGUCAAUUCUUUAUCUGUGUCUUCACUACUAUUCAGCCGGUAUUGUGUUCCUGGUCUUGACAUGCUUGUCGGCAUGGUUCUACUGGAUGUCCCGGCACAGGAUUCCAUUUUCAGCCCAAGUCUUGCAGAUCGUGAUUGGAGUUGUCAGAGUUCAUCCAUACACAUGGAUUGUCUCUCUGAUUGGAGCUUUGGUUAGUGGAGCAUUUGCAGCCCUUUUCUCGGCCACAAUCGUUGCUACCUACCUCAAAUGGAAUCAAAAUGAUUCAAAUCCAAACUGUCAAUCAGGAUCCUGUUCCAGUGCCAAGGUGAAGGGAAUUCUAGUAUUUGUCUUCUUUGCUGGUUAUUACAUCUCGGAAGUGAUCAGGAACGUAAUCCAUGUCACUGUCAGUGGAAUCUACGGCACUUGGUAUUACAUGUCCAAAUCCGACCAGGGUAUGCCCAAAUACCCUGCACUUGGGGCUUUUAAGAGAGCCAUGACUUAUUCGUUUGGUUCUAUCUGUUUUGGCUCUUUGAUUGUAUCAUUGAUUCAGCUUCUUCAGACUGGUCUGCGUAUCCUGAAGCAAGACGCACUGAACAGCGGAGAAACAUGCGGUGCAAUCGCGGUAACGGUGAUCCAAUGUAUCGUCUGGAUCUUGAAUUGGCUGGUGAGUUAUUUCAACCAUUACGCGUAUUCCUAUGUUGCUCUCUACGGCAAAAGUUACUUGGACUCGGCAAAAGAUACAUGGCACUUCAUGAAGUACAAAGGUAUUGAUGCUCUAGUCAACGACAUGCUGAUCAAUCCUGCGUUGACUCUAUACUCAUUGUUUGUGGCAUACUUCUCGGCCCUUUUGGCAUAUCUCUUCCUCAGAUUUACCAAACCUGCCUACAACUCUGAUGGUGGUUACUACGCACCAGUAGUUGCAUUUUCCUUCCUCAUUGGGAUGCAGCUCUCCAAUAUCAUGAACUCUGUGAUCCGGAGCGGAACAGCCACUUUUUUCAUUGCUCUGGCUAAGGACCCCGAAGUGUUCCAGAUGUCUUAUCCUCAAGAGUUUGAAGAGGUUUUCCGCAAUUAUCCACAAGUGCUUCAGAAGCUCCAGCAAUGA